UGAAUUCGAAUGGCACACCAUUCCUUGUAUUUGCCAAAUUGGUGAAUGUGGCACUUGGUUGUUUAUAUUCAGAUAUUACAAUUGUGUAUUUGAUAUUUCAAAUUUAAUAUUUUCAGGGGCUAACUCUGGACAACUUGAGUUUCACCUGAUAUGAUCUUCAGAUCUUGUUGUACAUUUGAACCUGUCUCAAAUGCAAUUUUUUUAUUCUGAUUUAGUAUUUAUCAAGACAAAUAAAUAAACCUACAUUCAUAUUUUACUGCUUCAGGCCUCAUAUUAAUCCUAAUAUCAUUGUUGACAAAUUUUUAUGGUGUGGUUGCAGAGUGAAUAUAAUGGAAGACGCAGACUUGGCAGCAAUUCGUAAUAAGCGAAUGCAGGAACUACAAAUGAAGGCUGGUGAUCCCAAUCAAGCCAAACAGCAAGCAGAAGCAAAACAAAAGUAUGAUGAGCAACUUAACGGUAUGCUUACACAAAUUUUGACGCAAGAUGCAAGAGCUCGUCUUAACAGUAUUGCACUUGUAAAGCCUGAAAAAGCAAAGCAGUUGGAAGGAAUGUUAAUUAAUAUGGCCCGGUCUGGACAAUUGGGUGAAAAAAUGACGGAGCAGCAGUUAGUUAAAGUUCUUGAACAAAUUAAUGAUAAAAAACAGCGAACAAAAGUCAAAUUCGAAAGAAGAAGAGUAAUGGAUUCCGAUGAUUCAGACUGAAUUUUUUUCAUAAGCUUGGUCAUGUAUAAAUAAAUCUUCAGCCCCACUUAAUAUCACUAUUUGUUGUGGAAUUGCUUUAAGAGUUUGACAUAGGUACAGAGUUUCUGGCAUGACUAUUCACUACAUAGCACUACACAGGACGAAAUUUUUUUUAACUCAUAGAAUAGUUGCCUUUAGAAUAUUUUGUAUAAAAAUUAUGAUUUUGUAUUAUUGUUGAUUUGAUUUAUUGGUUCUGAUGCCUUUUGUCACAGCUAAUGCUUGGAGAAAUGUAUGACCAGAAUGAUCUUAUUCAAGUAUAUUGCAAAAUCUGACAGUUCAAUGUUUGGUUGAAUUAUAAUCAAACCAAGGUAUGCGAGAUUUCAGUGAUAGCUGUCACAGAAAAUACACACCAUUCUGUUUACAAAUAUGCUAUAGUAACUCUUAUUUUGUUUAUUAUUCCCUUUAAAUUUUCCCGAUAGAAUGCAAAACUAGUUAUUAAUCUAGGGCUCUAUCAAAAUGGGAAUUUAUGAAACAAUGUAUAUUUGAAACAAGAGGCAUCAGAAUGUUAAUUUGUAUUUACAAUUAUUAUUUUGGAAAACAUUCGAAUAAGCUAUUUAUACAAUAACAAGAUGGAGACAAUGAUUUUGAGGAGAUAUUUUAGUGCUAAAUAAUAUCAGCUGUGUGUUAAUUUUUUCAUCAAAACUUAUUAUCCAUUUUUAUUAG